CUCCCGCCCAUCGCCCUUUUGCCCUGGGAGGAGAGGGCUGGGCAGCUCCUCUCGCGGGGUUUUGGCGUCUCUGGAGUGAAGUGCCAUGUUUCAGUCAGAGCUGCUCGUUCAGUUUCCUUUUUAAUCAAAAAAGAACUCGCAGAGAGUGUAUGUUUUCCUGGGGCACCACUAAAAACGUCCAGCUUAGGCUUAGUCAGGUACUCCAGUAAAAACCCUUUAUGCUGAAUGGUUAUUUGAAUAGAAUAUCAAAUACUUUUCUGAGUCAACCUAGUAAUCCAAGACUUACAAUAAAAAACAAUGAGCACAAAUCAAGGGUAUUGAGAGGGCUGUUCAGGUGGCGAUUUCUCCUUUAAUUCUUUAACAAGCUUGUGUAUGCAUUUUGUGGGUUUUCAAAACUAACCGUGUGUAAGUUACAUGUGCAGAUAACAGACACAUCUCCUCUAAAACCACAGCCAGUCAUUGCAGGAAGCCAUGGAGCGUGGCUGUUCUUGCAUAUGCAGCUUCUGUCCUGCACCAGAAGGGUCAGCUUAUUGCUUUGCAGGCUCCUUUACAGUCUUGCAUGUCCAGCACUUGAAUUGAGCUAUCAGAGUUGGGCUGGGGAUGUUUGCAAAAUCAGACAGUAGUUUUUGCAUAGAAAUUUGAUGACGGGCUAGAUCAAUAUGUGCAAAGGAAAAUGCAAGUUUGAGAAACUAAAGCAUGCCAGAAAAUUAUUACUUGACUAGCCUGCUUUUUGCAGUGCUUGCUCAGUUUCUUCCUGUUAAUUGUUCCAUGUUCUUUAUAGCUUGACUUUAGAUUUUGUAACUGUGUCUUUCGCUGUAGUUAGGACUUGUUUUCUCAAUGUAUUCGUUUCUUCCAAAUGCCUUGUUUACGAGAUGCCAGUUGACUGGGACCCAAAGACCUAGAAGAUCCUGGCAGGCUUUGCAGAAAAAAGCAUGCUAUGAUAACAGGCUGGAGCUGGCUAGAGACAAUGGAACGAUUCCUUGCUCCAGGUGAUUUGAGAGAGGACAGCCUCAGAGAUCCUGAACCUUCUUUUAAUCACACUUUCAGCAGAGUACUGAUGGAGUGUUGGCUGAUCACUCUCUCUCUCUCUCUCUGGCUGUAGCAUGUUGCAUGUGGUGUAAUCAGCUUUGGUAGGAAAGCACUUGUUGGGUGCUGUGGUGGUGUUCUUGCAAAAUUCAUUAUCUUUAACAGUAAACAGCUAUUGCUGGUCUUUUACCAGCGUUCAGUGUGCUAAACGGAGCCCUGGGGAGUUAAAAGUUCAAGCUUCAACCAAAUACCAGUUAAGUCUCUAUGAAUUCAGCUCCUACUUAGAAGAAAACUUGGUGGUUGGUUGUUUUAUGUAGAAGAGUCUGAAGCGCUCAGAUGUUUAAAGUGUUUAUGGCAGUCCUAAAACAAAGUAGCCAGAUGUCAGGGGAGAAACCUAUAUGGCCAAUAAAAAUUCAAAUUUGAUGGGAUGUGAGUUUAAACCCUUCAUAAAAUAUAUUAACCUCCCAUUGUGACAGCAAGCAAGUUUGCACUUUUUAGCGAAUUUAAUGAAACAUGGGAGUGUAGAGUCUAAUCCUUUAAAAAAAAACAGUGUUAAAAAAUGACUUCAAAGCAGAUCUAACUGACAAACAGAUUACAGAUACUCAUCUGUCCUGACGGGCUCUUCACAUUUAGAACACAUAAAAGUGAGAUAGCAUAAAUAAAAAGAAGGAUUUGGCAUCCAUAUAUGUGUGUUGGGAAUAUAAAUGUAGGAUGGGUACAAAGCACCAAUAAUGUAAUUUUAAUAGGAAUCAUAUAUUGUAAAGAGAUAGAUGUUUCACUUAUUUUUCUGCCGCCUUCUCCUUGAGGAUUACAGCUUAUUUUUUAUGUGUGCUGGAAUAAUUCAUCAAGGCUGAUGGGAAGGCCUUAGAAUGCAGAAUUUAAUGAAAUCAUGUGCUUAUAAAUGCAGCAUAUGAAAUAGAAGGCAGAGUACAUUUUAAAUAUCUCAGUAUUAGGAGGAAAAAUUAAAAUAUGUGCAACUUGAUAGAGCUAAGUAUAGUCAUCUGAAGACCAAUGUACAUGAAAUAAGACCUCCAAAUUUCAUUUUUUAUUUUAGGUUAAAAGGGAGACAUUAGUAGAGUGGCCUGCUCUUCAUUACUGAAAGCAAGAGGCUAGUUGUGGGACUGUGCUCAUGAAUUUAUGAGUGUGUUGACACUUUUGUCAGUCUAAGUGUUGGGGUGUGUAUGUGCUGGUUUUAUUACCUUGCCAUAGAAGCCCUUUUCUGUCUCAUCUCGGACCAACAACAGAAGACACUGUGCACUGAAUAGAGUUGCCCUGGGUCCUUGAUCUAACCCAUGAGACACCAUUUGGAGUGUUCUGCAUUAUUUAUUACUACUAAAGUAUUUUCAGUUAAACUGACAUCUUAAAUGCUAACUUUGCCUGGCAGGUAAUGAAGUUCUUGUUUCUUUUCCAAGGAAGCUGACACGAAAGAAGCGAACCAUGAUAGGUCACAGGAAUUUGUACUGCUCGUCUCCACAAUUACUAACAAGUAAGCACUGUAUGGUACCAUAGGAUGGAGGCAGUCUUGGUUUCUGUUCAUGACAGUUGUCACUCAGGUUCACCAUACUAAGCAGCAUGUGAGUUUCUCAUGGGUUCAAGGACUGUCAUUAAAGGAAUGUUGCUAACAUUUUUUAACAGCCUGAUCUGAGGAAACUGAACUGCCACUUACUCUGCUCUCAAAAGUAGCUCGCUUUUCUGUGUGAAAGGACCUACACCGUGAUUAAAAUAUUCCCCCUCCCGCCCCGUGGAAACCGGACGGGCCUUUGUCAGGGAGUUUUCUUAAGCCAAGCAGUGCCAGCCUCUCUUGAAAAGUUUUUGCUUCAACAAAGGAAAUAGCAGAUGAGUGCCAGGGCUCGGGAGCCGGCGGUGUGCUGCUGGAGGUGCUCAGCCCCUUGCAGGAGGGAGGACUGUAAAGAGAGCUGAGAAUGAGAUGGACUUACCAUGAAGGACCUGAAGCUCUUGGUAUACACAUCAUCAGUGAGCUGCAGAUGAACACAGCGUACACCUCAGAGGAUGGAUGUGAACAUGGACUGGGACUCUGAGAAUAACAUUUGUGACACAGGUGAGAAGCAUUCAAAUUAUUCCAGAAACACCACUAAGCAGGUGGGCCACACAUCUAGCCUCCAGAAGGAGGUAGACAUGAAUUACUCACAGACAUGCAGUCCUUGUUGCAACUCUGCUGGACCUUCAGCAGGAGGUAAGCAGGAGCUUCCCGCAGAGUUGCAGUGUGAAGACAAAGAAACCUAUGAGACCUACUACCAGAAACAAGGUGAGAGUACAGCUGGGGUAUUUGUCCCCUCCAGUACCAGCUUUGACCUGCAGUAUGAAGAUAAAGAUUUAGAGCACUGUUCCUCUGAGCGGUCCAAGAAACCAUGGAGAGGACUACAUGACGAUAACGAAAACACCGUUCUUGCUGAUGUGUUUGAUGAGGACCUGGAGCCUGUCUCUGAGGAAGCUUUGCCGUAUCGGUGCAAGAAGUGUGGUUCCUCUUUCCAUGGUAUGAGCGAGCUGCAGGAACAUAAGCGAACUCACCUUGUGGAAAACUCAUACCGAUGUCCCAUCUGUGCCAAAGAGUUCUUUCGUGCGGCAAAUCUGCGAAUGCACAAGCUCAUUCAUUCUAGUGACAGGCCACACAAAUGUCCGGAGUGCGACAAGGGUUUCAUUCGCACGGCUGAUGUCUGGAGGCACCUCCGCAACGUACACAAGAUAGAGCGCUCCAUGGUGAUCCUGGGAAACGGCAUGGCUAGGAACCCGUGGUCGAUAGUGCACCGUAACCAACACACUGUUGAGUACACUGAUCAGCCUUGUGCAGAAAACCAAAAGUCUGAGGAAGACGACUAUAAACCUUAUGCCUGUCCAACUUGCGGCAAAGGUUUUGAUAAACCUAACCUGCUUUCCAAACACAAAGUGAUCCACCGACAAGACAAGCCCUAUAAGUGUCAGGAAUGCGGCAUGGCGUUCGUCCAGCUGCUCAGGCUGAAAAGACACCAGCAGACUCACUCUGGGGAGCGCCCUUUCUAUUGCGAGGAGUGCGGAGGGACGUUCACCCGGCUGGCAUCGCUCCAGCGCCAUCACCGCAUCCAUACUGGAGAGAAGCCCUACUCUUGCAAUUACUGUGGUCAUUCCUUCACUGAGUCAGAUACCUCUGCCGGGAUGACUGGACCCUGCGUACCAUAUGCAUUCGCUACAGCUGUGAGUGAGACUUCUCCAAACUCCCCUCUGCAGUGACCUCCAGCAAUGCCAUCUUCUGUGGCCCUGUCCCUAUUGAAGAUCAGAGCAACCAUCAGCCUUAGUCUGUGUCGAUGACCUGUAAAUCCAGGCCUCCUUGUAGAAACCUCCUGUCUCAGAUGAAGAAUCCAAGGCAGAAGAGCUGGAGGUGUGUGUUCCCAUUCAGCGGAGACUUGACUUUUGACAUUAGCCCUUAGCUGAGACACUCAUCUCAGCUGGAGGAGCACCAAGGAGACCAAGGGACAGUGCGAAGGCGCAGAGGUCUCCUCUGUCCAAGAGGAUGGAAGGUUUCUGUAGCAAGAGCAGUAAUUCACUGAGGUCCUGGUAUGGGUGAUGUCUCCGUUUCACACCUGAUCCAUGCAGUUCCUGGGUUUUCAUUCCUGUUCUGCUGAGAGGUCAUGCCCAGGAGAGAUGGGGAAAUGAGUCCUCAUAACCCAUGCAGGGCAUGUGUUUGGGGAUGCCCUUACGCCUGGGGACUGCUUGACAACCAAAGAUGACAGGAUCAAGACACUCUUACAGAAAGCAGGGACAGCUUGCCCUGGUGCUUCAGGCUGUGCUUGGUGGAGAGGAUGCACACCCAUGCCACCGGUGCCGAACCUCUUGUGACUGCCCCCGUGAUGCUCUGGGUGCAAAGCAGAGAGAAGCGAGGUCUGAUCUUAUGACGCUCAGAUUUGGACCAAAGCAUCUCCUUUUUCCAGCAGGAGAAGAGGUGCCCGGGGCUGCAUCUUCCAGGCUGGCCUCCAAGCUGCUGUCACCUACCCCAUCUCUCUGAGGGCCACCAGGAAGGUGCCUCACUGUGCUGGGUGGCCAAGGUGGAUCUGUAGUGGUCCUGUGUGUUUAUGAUGAUGGCAUGAGUAAGCAAAGUCCUUGGAGGGAUUGUUAAGGUAACUUUUGGGGGGCAAAAGUUCCAUUUUGCCCUCAGUUCCAUGCAUCGAGCCUUGACUCCUGCAUCCUUCCUUCAGCAUGGCACAGACUUUUUCCGGAGGUACCCCAGACCCCUGCGCAGGAGGAUGGAGCAGGCAUCUGGCACGGGAAAUUGCUGCCAGCAGUACUGCCAACCAGACGGGAUUGUCCUGACAUCUGAACAUUUUGCAGCCACCUCGAGAGGACUGUCACGCUCCCCUGGUCAUUUUGGGUGUCAUGACACAGCACUGGCUGAAGGGAGGAUGGGACAAACAUCCUGCUGGCUCCAGGGGCCCUGAACGGCUGGGGAGAAAACAGCGACUGCUGCAAGCUGGUGCCCUGGGCUGUGAAUGAAGAGCAGGCGGGCCGGAUCCUGCAGGCCCUGUGUGCAGCCAUUGGGUAAACUGCAGGAACGGAGCUUGGACUGCAAACAACCCGGGGAACGGCAGGCAAAAUUGUGCCAGGGGUGGCUGGGAGAGGCUGGCAAGGGCAGCAGGUCCCUGGGUGUGCUGGUGGUGCUCCACCCCGGGGAGAGGCUGAGCCCGGGGUUUCUUGCACAAACUGUUUGCGUAGGGUGAGGAAAGCCGAGGCCUGGGGGCAUGAAGCAGCUCAGGACUUCCCGUGGCAGCUUUCCCACACCAGCUGCUGGAGCUGGCCAUGGACCGCUCUGCACUGGCCCACGGGAAACACUGCGAAUUACAGCUCCUGGGGGGCGAGGGCAUUGCCGGGCGAGUGGGACCAGCUUGGCCGUGCGGGAUCUUCCCUCCACAGGGAUGGGGCAGGCAGCACUGGGGAGGGCUGUGUCAAUAAAUAGGUGUUAUUUCUUAAAAAGAUUUCAGGGU